AUUAUUUAAAUGAAUUUAAUUAUUACAUAAAUACACUAAUUCGAUUAUUAUUUAAUUGAGCCCUUUCGAGGUAGAAGGGCUCUUCCAAAAAUUGGCGGGCAAAAGCCAACCUUAACGGAAUAACUCUCGCUCGCCUUAAAAAAUGUGUUCGAGUUUUAAGGUGUCGGCACGACCCGUCGUCUCUAAACGAUCAUUGACGAGUCGCCUUUCACCCCACGACAGGACGGGCAAGCCCUAAUCUUCUGCCUCCUCGUUAUAUUUAUAGCCGUAUGCAUCCCCUCGAAACAUUUUUUUCGCGAUGUGGGAUUAUUCCAGUGGCGCGGUACACAUUCUCUCGCACUGCCCUGCCGACCGAGGGAAGGGAUCCAAGUUCUUGCCCUCUCCUACCAGAAACCCUCGAGGAAGGUAACCCUCGUCUUUCUCCCCCUGCCUACCCCCGGCAUUCGCGCGCUUCAUCUUCUCUAAAUCAAGUAAAUCGGCCUUCCAACACGAUUUACUAGGCGCUGUUUGGUAGCGGGAUUUGAGAUUCCUGCCAAACUGCAAAAAAAUGAAUCGGUAAAUCCUGAGCUAUUGUGGCGAUUCAUGUCGCGUUCGCAAACAAGUAAUUUUUCUUCUUUCCGCUGGCUCCACCUCGACAGCCGCAAUCCCGUAUCCCUUCGCUUUACUCUUUGGUGAAGUCACAGCCGCUGCAUCGAUUCGGGUUCUUAAAUAUCCUUGUUUUCUUCAGAGAGUGAGAAUGGAGGCCAAACCUAAAAAGCAGAAGCAGUCAUCAAUUCAGACUGUUGAGACUGUUGAGAUGAUCCAUGAUGACUCGAACUUGAAUGGAAAGGGAAGCAAUGCGCUCAUUUUACCGGGAAAGAAAAGGAGGAAAACGGAAGGCAAGGAGAAGGUUUCUAGGAGGAAUAAGACUACAGUUUCCCCAGCUAUUAGUAAAAGCAAGCAGAGAAAGCUUCAGAAGUUGCAGGAGGAGAAAGAGAAGAAAUUGAUGCUAUGUAAAAGCAUAAGAAUGCUACAGAAGUAUAAGAUAAGCGAUGAAGCAUACUCAAUUCUGCAGUCAUCAGGCACCAUUGGUCAGGCAGAAACUUUGCGUGAAAAACGCAGACUUGCUAUACAUUUCUCAAAAGCCGGUCUUGAGGUGCCCGAUGACAUCUCACUUUUCAACAAGAAGGAAAAAAAAAUUUCUGAAAAUGUGAAAAUUUUAGAGAAAGAUGUUGAAAACGUUUCUCCUACUGCUGGACCUAUGAUGGUUGCUGAUGAUUCGAAACAACAUUCUUUGCAAAACCGAUUGGAUAUCACCAUGAAGAAUUCGAUGAGUGUGGAUGAUGAAUCCGAUAUGUUGUCAGACAUUAAUGGUGCAACGAAGGUUAGUGGUGGCUUUGUUGAUGGUGUGAAGAGCUUUAUACCUUCAUCUCUUACUACUGAUAGUCAAAGUGAUGCAAGGAUUCAGGAGCAGGAGUUAAGUGGAGCUAAUAUUUGUGCUCGAAAACAUGAAGCCCCUAAGCCUCGUGCUACCGUCGGCCAUGUAAAUUCUUCCAUUGUAGUGCAUGUAUCAAGGCCGCUCGAAGUUGAAGCGCAAAGGAAACAUCUUCCAAUCAUUAUGAUGGAACAGGAGAUAAUGGAAGCAAUCAAUGAGCACUCUAUUCUCAUUUUGUGUGGAGAAACAGGUUGCGGUAAAACAACACAAGUUCCUCAGUUUUUGUAUGAAGCUGGCUAUGGUUCGAGCAACCACAAUAAUAGGAAUGGAAUUAUUGGGAUUACUCAACCACGUCGUGUCGCUGUUCUUGCCACGGCAAAGAGAGUUUCCUAUGAACUUGGUUUCCAACUCGGUAGGGAAGUUGGUUUUCAAGUUAGGCAUGACAAAAUGAUAGGGAAUGCUUGCUCAAUCAAGUUCAUGACUGAUGGCAUUUUACUUAGAGAAGUUCAGAGUGAUUUUCUAUUGAAGCGGUACUCUGUCAUCAUUCUGGAUGAGGCUCAUGAAAGGAGCUUGAACACAGAUAUCCUCAUCGGCAUGCUUUCUCGGAUCAUCAAAGUCAGGCAGGAAUUAUGUGAUGAACAGCAUAAAAAGAUAGUUUCAGGUGCUAAGAUCAGCCCUGAAAAUUUGGUUACAAGAUUAAAGGUUAUGCUGAUGAGCGCCACCCUCCGAGUCGAGGAUUUUGUUUCCAAUAAGAGGUUGUUUCAGGUGGCGCCGCCUGUUUUAGAAGUUCCGGUGAGGCAAUUUCCGGUGACCAUCCACUUCUCGAGGAAGACGACAGAGGACUAUGUAAAUAAUGCUUAUAAAAAGGUUCUGUCAAUCCAUAAAAGGCUUCCCCAUGGCGGCAUUCUCGUGUUUCUCACCGGACAGAGAGAAGUGGAGUACUUGUGCAAGAAGUUGAGGAAAGCUUCGCAGGAACUUUCUGAAAAUAGUAUGAAGAAGAAGAAGAUGGAUGAUGAGAGCUCUUCAGCCCUUGGACUGGAUUUAAAGGACAUUGAUGAGGCUUUUGGGAUAGAUGAUAGUUUUUCUGAAGACCAAACUGAAUUCGAAGAAAUUGACAACCGAUUUUCAGAAUCCGAGACAGAUUCUGAAUCGGCGGAGGAGAGCGAAGAUGAGAGUUCUGUGAAAAUUGAUGGAACAGUACUAAAUUUUCUGCAAAAUCCAGAGAAUCUUUCUUCAUUGAAGACCGCAUUUGAGAAUCUAACAGGAAACAAUCCGAAGAAAACCGAAGAAGAAGAACCAGAUCUUCAACCGGCGCAUCUUCAACCGGCUGCGCCGGUAAAAGAAUCUCCUUUCGCUCCAUUGUAUGUUUUGCCCCUCUAUGCGAUGCUCCCUGCUGCGGCGCAGCUUAGGGUUUUCGAAAAGGUACCCGACGGUGAACGCCUUGUGGUUGUCGCCACCAAUGUGGCGGAGACUUCGUUGACGAUUCCGGGAAUAAGAUAUGUGGUUGAUACGGGGAAGGAGAAGGUGAAGAACUAUAAUCAUGGUGAUGGGAUGGCCAGCUUUGAAGUUCAGUGGAUUAGUAAGGCGUCGGCUGCGCAGCGAGCUGGAAGAGCUGGGAGAACAGGACCCGGCCAUUGUUACCGACUGUAUUCAGCUGCGGCUUUCGGGAAGGAUGAUAUAUUUAAUGAGUUUUCCUGCCCCGAGAUUUUGAAGAUUCCCGUUGAUGGAGUUGUACUGAUGAUGAAGUUCACGGGGAUUGAUAAGGUUGAAAACUUUCCAUUCCCAACUCCUCCCAAGAUCUCAGCUUUAGAGGAAGCCGAGCGCUGCCUGAAGGCCAUUGAUGCUCUUGAUAAAAACGGCAAGCUCACAUCUUUGGGAAGAUCAAUGGCGCAAUUCCCCAUGAGCCCUCGCCAUUCCCGAAUGAUCCUCACAGUAAUCCACAUCUUAGCAAAAAAUUCCAUCUUUUCCCGCCCAAAUCUUCUGCUGGCUUACGCCGCCGCCUCUGCAGCAGCUCUGAGCUUCCCAAAUCCCUUCCUCAUGCAGCUUGAUAACCAUGGCGAUGGUGAUCACAAAGCUCUGGAUCAUGAGGAAAAACUGAGGAAGAAGAAGCUGAAAUCCAUGGCGAAAGCCUCUCGUGCAAGAUUCCAUAACCCAACCAGUGAUUCUCUAACGAUCGCUUAUGCGCUGCAGUCAUUCGAUCUCGCAGAAAACACAUUUGACUUCUGUAGGUCCAACUCCCUCCACUUCAAGACCAUGGAAGAGAUGUCCAAGCUGAGAAAACAGAUACUUCAGCUUAUAUUCCAUCACCAAAAAGCUCACAGAGAAGAUUCAUGGCGUCAUGGCGACUUCAACGAUGUCCAGCGGGCCUGGCUGGUUCCUUCCAGUAAACAUCCCUUACAGAUAAACGAAGAAGAGAUUCUCUCUCAAGCCAUUUGUGCUGGAUGGGCAGAUAGAGUCGCAAAACGGGUGAGAAUGAUUACAGGAUCUUCGGAUAAGGAACACAGAGUUCAUUCCAUGAGAUAUCAAUCAUCCGCCAUGGAUGAAGCUGUUUUUCUCCAUCGUCGUUCUUCUGUGUCUCAAACAGCGCCUGAAUUCGUCGUCUACGCUGAACUUCUCUGCACGAACAGACCAUACAUGCAUGGACUAACUGCAAUAAAGUCAGAUUGGCUUGUGAGAUAUGCUAAUUCUGCAUGCAUCUUCUCUGCUCCGCUCGUAGAUCCAAAACCUUAUUAUGAGCCUUUGAGUGAUUGUGUAUUCUGCUGGGUGAAUCCCACCUUCGGCCGCCAUAACUGGCAGCUUCCCCUGCACAGUUUACCAAUUGAAGAUGAAGAUUUUCGCGUUGCGGUGUUUGCUUCUGCUCUACUGGAAGGGAAUGUUCUUCCAUGCCUUAAAACUUGGAAGAAUUUCUUGUCUGCGACUCCAUCAAGCUUACUGAGACAAGAAGCUUUGGGGCAGAGAAGGGUGAGUGAUCUGUUGAGCAGAUUGAGGAUGGGUUCGGUGAUCGUCGAUAGCAGAGCAAAGUUGAAGGAGGUUUGGAGUGAGAAUUCUGUGUUUCUGCGUUUGGAGAUUCAGAAUUGGUUUCAGAAAAGAUUUCAUGGCCAGUUUGAGAGAUUAUGGGAACAGAUGCUUGAAGAAGCUAAGCUUGAAGGUGCUGAACUUUUUCCAAAGAGAGCUAAAAGAGAGAGGAAGGUUGGAAGAUGAUUUAGCAAAUAUUUGGUAUGUUUAGUUUUUAAAGUAAAGUGCCAAAAUAAACCCGGAUUUAUAGGCCGUAUUAGUCCCAGGCUUUAUAUAAAUGUCAAAUUACUUCAUAGAUUCUUUAAAUUGGGGUUGUAAUAGACUUCAUGGAUGACUAUUGAAGCUCAAUUUUAAAAUAGACGAUGAUUAUUUUAGCACUUUCAUAAACUCUGAUGGGACUAAAAUGACUCCGUGUA